AUGGAGGAGGUAAAAUUAGAAGAGUGUUGCCUUGAGAAUAAGCAAUCAACGGCUGCUUCCAGCUCGUCUGUGUCCGAAGGCAGUGGCAGUGCUAUUCUCAAGUCCCCAGGGGUUUGCAGCCCAGCAUCAACUUCUCCGACUCACCGGAGGACUAGUGGUCCUAUUAGGCGAGCCAAAGGCGGUUGGACUCCACAGGAGGAUGAGACAUUAAGGAAUGCGGUUGCAGCUUUUAAGGGGAAGAGUUGGAAGAAAAUAGCUGAAUUUUUUCCUGAUAGAUCGGAAGUGCAAUGUCUGCAUCGGUGGCAGAAGGUUCUUAAUCCAGAUCUUGUUAAAGGACCGUGGACUCAAGAGGAGGAUGAUAAAAUCAUUGAACUGGUAGCAAAGUAUGGACCUACAAAAUGGUCGUUAAUAGCGAAGUCUUUGCCUGGCCGUAUAGGGAAACAAUGCCGGGAGAGGUGGCACAAUCAUUUGAAUCCAGACAUAAAGAAGGAUGCUUGGACGUUGGAGGAGGAAUUAGCACUUAUGAAUGCCCAUCGGAUACAUGGGAACAAAUGGGCUGAAAUAGCUAAGGUUUUACCUGGAAGGACUGAUAAUGCAAUAAAGAAUCAUUGGAAUAGUUCCUUGAAGAAAAAAUUAGAUUUCUAUUUGGCUACUGGGAAACUUCCACCAGCUGCAAAGAAUGGUUCCCAGAAUGGUGCCAAAGAGACAAGUAAAUCCACUGCAACUAAAAGAUUACUUGUUUGUUCAACUAAAGGAUCAGAUUCAACUGCUCAGACAUCAUCUGGAAAUGCAGACGUAUGUAAGCUAGAUGAAGAUGGCAAGGAUCAGUUCGAGUCCUCUGCCCCACAUCAGGAUUUGGGUGCUUCAUCAAGUGUUCUUCCAAAUGAGCCUGCUGAUUCUGAAGGUGUAGAAUGUCAGCUGAGAUCAUCCUUUAGAGACCUUAGUUGCUGCAACUCAGAGUCAGGGUCAAAGUUUGAGAAUUUUUCAGUAAACAGCAAGCCCCAGAUUGAGAGUAUCAUUAACAGCCAGGCAGAGUCUGAGAAUUGUGGAUUUAACAACCUAAUAGAUGAAGACAGAGUUAAGAGAACACCUGUGCCAGUUGAAACUCCAGGCUACAGCUCUUUGUACUAUGAACCACCGUUAGAAAGUUGUGGUCCAUUUGAUUCAGGUUUUUCCAGCAUGCGUUGCUUUCAACAUGAUUACGCUUCUAGUCCAAAUGUAUCACCUAUAAGUUUCUACACUCCGCCUUGUGUGAAGGGCAGUGGUUUAUGCAAUCGAAGUCCUGAAUCAAUUUUGAAAAUGGCUGCCAAGACCUUCCCCAAUACUCCUUCCAUCUUGCGAAAGAGAAAGAAUACUUCCCAAGGACAUUUGCCUCCUAAUAAAAUUGGGUUGGUGGAUUGUGAAUCAGUCAGGGAAGUGCUUAAUGUUUCUGAUGAACAGGAAAGACACAAAAACAGUGCGGAAAUGUCUGGGUCUCAAGAAGAAAGUUUGUGUGAGAGUCCAACCAGUCAAGGUAUCAGCACCAUUGGGCCUAAUGGUAAGGCUUUUAAUGCAUCUCCUCCAUACCGGUUAAGAGCCAGGAGGACUGCUGUUUUCAAGUCUGUGGAGAAACAACUUGAGUUUACAUGUGACAAAGAGUAUGAUGGUAAUUCUAAAUCUGUGGAGUUGUCUGCAAAUGGAGGCUCUGGUGUAAUCAAAGAUUGUUCUCGUGCAACAAAGAUGGAAGUGACCUAG